GGGCACUCCCGCUCUAUUGUUUAUAAGCUUUGUAGAAAAACAAACUUUGACGGAGGAAUUUCCAAAACCCAACCCUCGGAAUUUGCCAGGAUGCACCAGGCCUACAGUGUUCACUCCAUCCUGAAGCAGGGCGUGCAGAUAGAGUCCAUAGCGGCGUAUGGCAACCAUGUCAUCUUGGGCACCCGCAGCGGGCAGCUCAUCAUGUACUCCGUGGACGAGGAGACCGGCGUGGACAUGCGGAUGUUCAACAAGAACUUCAGCCGGAAGCCAAUCACCCAAAUGGAGGUGAUUGCAUCGGAGAACCUGCUCUUCGUGCUCACCGACAACCUGGUGCAGGUGUGCGACAUCAGAAGGAUCGAGAGCAACUUCGCCUUUAUGCACAGUGCCCCGGACACAAGGGGCUGCACUCUGUUCACCAUGGACGUGGACACGCCCAAGUCCAUAACCGGACGGGUGGCCACCUUGAUUCGCGUGUGCUGCGCCAUCCGACGGCGCCUGGUGUUCUUCUUCUGGAAGGAGGACAAACUGAAUUCGCUGGAACUGAGCAUUGAGCUAAAUGAUGUGCCCAGGAGCCUUUGCUGGGUGGGCCAUGCUGUGUGCGUGGGCUACAAGGACGAAUAUGUGGUCUAUGAUAUAUCUGGAAAAUCACCAAAGAAGCACGACCUGUUCCUAACCUCCUCCAGCAUUAGCAGAGAUCCCUGCAUCUGCCUCAUCCGAAAUAAUAUGCUGGGCAUCUCCAAGGACAGCUACCUCGUUGCAGUAGAUCCAAGUCAGUACAAGGAAUCCGCUGAUGGCUCCAGUGACAUGCGACCGGGGGGCAUGGAGAGCAAUAGUUCCCUGGCUCCGCUGCUCUGGUCAAGUCCCCUGCUGGAUUUGGUCUGGGAUGAGCCAUAUGCCGUGGGUCGGGUAAACAAUGCCAUCGAGGUACGCAGCCUGGUGGGCAGGGACACCCUGGUCCAAACAAUUCCCGAGCUGCAGAAAACCAAGUUCCUGGUCCAGGCCGACAAGGGAACCAUUUUUGCAGCCGCCACCUCAGAGCUUUGGUGCAUUCGAAUGGUGGAUAUUCGCGCCCAGCGUCAACAGUUGCUCCAGCAGAAAAAGUUCCAACUGGCCAUAGAGCUGACGCAAAUAUCUGAUGAACCAGCCUUGGACCGAGAGCAAACCAUUCGCCAAAUACACAUGCUCUACGCCAAGGAGCUCUUCACCAACAAGGAGUACUCGGCGGCCAUGAAGGAGUUUGAAAAGGCAUCUAUAGACCCUUAUGACGUGAUAAGACUGUUUCCCAGCUUGGUGCCUGAGCCCAAGUCCGGCCCCGAGGACAUUGCCGUGCCCAAGUCCAGUGCCCCUGCGAUGGAGGAUAGCGACCUGGAGGACGCCUACUUGGCUCUGAUCGAGUACCUUGCAUUGGCUCGCCAGCGGGAGGUGGUCAAGCUGCGCGACACCAAGAGUAGUUCGAAGUCCCUGCUGGAGAUUAUCGAUACGACGUUGCUGAAGUGCUACCUGCAGACGAACGACUCGCUGGUGGCACCUCUCCUCCGACUCAACCAGUGCCACCUGGAGGAGUCGGAGAAGACCCUCAAAAAGCACAACAAGAUAUCGGAGCUGAUCAUCCUCUAUCAGAUGAAGGGCAAGCAUAAGGAUGCCCUUAAACUGCUCAGGGAGCAGGCCAGCAUCGAGGGAUCGGUGCUGCAGGGUCGCAAGCGUACAAUACGUUACCUGCAGGAACUGGGCGGUGAUCAUCUGCCGCUGAUAUUUGAGUUUGGCGAUUGGGUAUUAAAGGAAAAUCCCGAAGAAGGGCUAACCAUUUUCACCGACGAACUUAUUGAGGUGGAGUCCCUGCCGCGCGCCAAAGUUCUGGACUUUCUGAUCAGCAAGCACAAGGCACUGGUCACUCCCUAUCUAGAGCAUGUGAUCAGUGAGUGGAAGGAUAGCAACACCCUGCUACACAAUGUGCUGCUCAAACAGUAUCGCGAGCAGGUUCAGCGUCUUUUGGCCCAGCAGGAAAAAGGAGAGGAAGUUCCCGAACUAAUUCCUAUGCGGGCCAAACUCUACAAGAUGCUGGAGGAGUCCAAUGACUAUUCGCCCGAUCGCGUCCUAGAGGAGUUCCCCACCAACAUGCUGCUGGAGGAGCGUGCCCUCAUUCUGGGCCGGCUCAAGAAGCACGAUAAGGUGCUGUCCAUCUAUAUACAUAUUCUGGGCGAUGUGGCCAAGGCAACGUCCUAUGCGCAAGCCAACUUCAAGGACGAUGAGAAGAUAUUUCACACGCUUGUCAAGUGCAUAAUGGUACCACCAACUGAGCCGCCCUAUGAGGGCGUCGCCCUGCAUCCGGAUUUCGUUGAAGUGAAUCGAGAGGUGCUUCUGGAAUUGCUCAAUACCUACGCCACCAAAAUCGACCCUUUCGAUAUCUUUGAGUACCUUCCCGAUGACAUGCCCAUGCCCCAGCUGGAGAAAUACCUCGAGAAGUCGAUACGUAAGAAAAUGGCCGACAAGCACCAGAUGCAGAUGAUGUGCGGCCUCCUGGAGGCGGAGAGCAACCGGCUGGAAGCUGCUUUGCAGGCUCAGCGAAACAUUAGCUUCGAAUUGAACGAGUUCAGCGUGUGUCCCGAGUGCAAGAAACGCUUUCCCAGCCAAUCCGCCUUUGUACGCUACCCGAACGGGCAGAUUGUGCACCUCUCCUGUCAUGCUCGCAUUGCAAGGGCUGCUGAACAAUAAAUAAAUACUCUAAUGUGAUAACUGAUCAAUGUAUAAAGUGCUAAUUAAAUGUAAUUGUCUAUAUCACUCUUGAUUAAUUUUGCUUUCGAAGGACUCCUUGUAGAGUCUAACUAAAAUCCUAGUAUAAACUUAAUGUAAAUGUCAAAUAACGAGUAGCUUUAUACAUCUCCUUAUAAAAAACACGCAGAGCUAAAGAAAA